CGGGGCUGCUCUUUGCCCCCAUUCUGGGUCCGAGGGAGGCUAUCCCGAGGCGAGAGACAAGUGGACCAGGGGCCGAGGCCAGGCGGAGGGGCUUCCUGGACCCGCUGGGUGAACUCCCGGCCCCGUCGUGGGGCUGCGGGGAAGCUGACCCGCGACCUGAGAGCUGCUCGGCAAUCCCUGUCCACCCGGCUAGAAGCAACAAGACAGUUUUCAGCAAAAGGAGGGGUGUGGAGAGGAGGGCAGGCCAGGUAACGCCCUGGGAGGAGUCGGCUGGAGAGCUUCGGUAGUGAAAGCGAAGUUUAACGUAAACCGUGAGAUCUGUCUUGUGCUCAGAAGGCUGGUGAAGUCAUAACUCGCUGCCUUCCCGAACGUCUUAGGAGAGCUGCCAAGCGGAUAACCAGUUACUGUAUUUGUAUUUGGUUCACUAGCGCGCCACCUUUACUCACUGGGUGUGACAUCGAGUUACUUCUCUGUGUCUUACACAGGCUGACAUUGAAGUUCAUUCUGUCAAACUCAGGAACGAUGAUUGGGAAGCAUGGAGAUCCAAGAAAAACAACUACAAAAUUAAUAUCCUAGAAGAACUCGGGAAGAAAAUGAGUGAUACUCCACCCAGAAUGGAAUUGUGUCCUUAUUGUAAGAAGCCGUUUAAACGAUUAAAAUCCCACUUGCCAUACUGUAAGAUGGCAGGACCAGCCACAUCUGCUGAUAGAAAGGCUUAUGAGUCCAACCCAGGUACACUCCCACGUGCUAAAAAAUUGAAAGGGCCAAUCAAAGAUUUAAUGAAAGCUAAACGGCUGGAGUUAGAGACAGAAAGUGAGAAAAGAAAUUCUAAAUUGAUAAUGGACAAACCAGAACAGACAGUUCAGUCCUUUCCACUACCAGCUGCUGGUUUGGAAAGAUCAGGUACUACAGAGGCAGAAAAAGACAUCAAGAAUCAAAUUCAGCUCUCCUCCAAAAUGUUAAAAAAGUCUGAAACAAAGACUACUUUCCAAGGAGAAACCAAGAGUCACUUUUAUUCACCAGAGAAUACCUCUCCUAAGAGAGAACUUGCCAGAGAUUUGCCUAAAUCAGUGGAAAGCAGAUGUAAUCCUUCAGAAACUGAAGCAUCUUUACUGGUUGGCUCAAUGGAACUUUCUUUGUCAAAUCAAGAAAGAAAAUAUUCCUCAGCCAUACCUAAUAGUGUACAAACCACUUCUGAUCUAAAAUUGGACAAAAUUAAUCCCCAAAGACAGGAGCUUCUAGUAAAAUUACUAGAUGUGCCUAUUGGGGACAAUUACAUUUCUCCAAAGAAUCUGAGUGAUGAAGUUAAAAGAGUAAGAACAUCGUUGUUGAACAAUGAGAGAGAUUCCAAAGGCAGGAAUCACCUCUCAGGAACCUCUACUGAUGUUAAAGACACUGAAACUCAGGAAAAGGACAUAGAAUCACUAAUGUUAAGUCUUAAAAUUAGCUCAUUAGGUAACAUCCGUGUCAUGGAGAACCAAGAAAAAGGACUUAGCCUUGGAGUAGAGAUGUGUGGGAGGAAAGGAAAUGUAGAGAAAAGUGCCUCUGAGACAGAAAUGGAGAAGUGGACUGCCAUCAGCAGUGGCUCUGAGAAUUUCAAAACUGACGAUUCAGCCACAGAGAAGAAAUCUGAAGGUGGAGGACAUUUAAAUUUGUACAUUCCAAGGGAGACAACUUACAAUGAAUUUUUUUCUGUGUCACAGGCAAGUAGUCAAAAAAGUCUUGCCUCUCUGGCUACACAAUUUAUUCAAGAAGAAAAAGCAGAAGCCAGUGUUCAUAAUCGAGUCCCUGCUAUAAAGGCCUUAAUGGAGAAUAAGGAGCAAGUUUCUCUGGAGCCCAAAUCUGGCUGUCAGUUUCACGAAUUGCACGUUGGAUACCAACAACCUUUACGUUCAGCCCUGCAUCACACAUCUAAGGGCCCCUUCCUCAAUCAUGUUGCGACUGCUGAUAGAAAGAUACCCAGCUCCAUGGGGCUGGAGUGGUUUCCAGAGCUCUAUCCUGGUUAUCUUGGACUAGGGGUGUUGCCAGGGAAGCCUCAGUAUUGGCAUGAAGUGGCCCAGAAGCCACAGCUCACCAGUGCCCAGAGGGAAAGACUCUCGCAAGUUCCUUUGUUGGAAAGAAGCUCGACUGAUAUAAGGAGUGUGGAAUUCCCGACCUGGCUUACAACCUCCAACUUCUCUCUAAGGAGGCUUUUGGAAGCUGUACACAAAGGCUGGCUGAGGUGCAACACCACCUUCAGGAAGAGCGGGGUCGGCAGCAUCACGAUGCUCUUCACGGGGUACUUCAUCCUGUGCUGUAGCUGGAGUUUCAGGCAUCUGAAGACAAAGUCUCACUAUACCGCCCUCGGGUAGAGUGCCGUGGCGUCGCACGGCUCACAGCAACCUCUAACUCUUAGGCUUACACGAUUCUCCUGCCUCAGCCUCCCGAGCAGCUGGGACUACAGGCGCCCGCCACUACGCCCGGCUAUGUUUUUGUUGCCGUUUGGCCGGGGCUGGGUUUGAACCCGCCACCCUCAGCAUAUGGGUCCGGCGCCCUACUCACUGAGCCACAGGCGCCGCCCCAUUUUGUCUCUUAAAAUCCUGCUCUCCUCCAUCUGUGGCAGUGGCAGGAGCCUCCCUAGGUAAGCAGCAAUACUUAAGAGUUUGCCUCUAGCUUGAAUUCCUGAACAAGCCACCCUACAAUGUGCAGAGAAGUUACAACAUGAGACUCCACACAUGCUGUCCACACCCACCUGUCCAUCCAUCCUGCAGAGGAGCUGUGGUGACAUGCAAGCUACCUCCAUCCUUGAGAAGACUUACACUGGAAGGUUCUGUCACUGUAGAUUGGAAGUAGGCAUAGGCGUGGCUGAACGCCCUGGCUGGAACUCACACACGGCUUGUGUAGGGUAGAUUGAGCCUGGUACUGGUUACUUCAGUUCAGUCCUGAAUAAUAGUAUCUGAAUACUGACUGUACUGGGGAAAGUAUAUUUUUUUCUAAUACAUUAAAGUAUUCAGCUAUUAAAAUUUAAAUCAGAUUGUAUUAUCAGCAGACUGUUUUACAUUUAAUGGAGAACCCACAUUAUUACUACCACCACUCUUCCUAAUAAAUAUUUAUAAGAAAUGGAAAAUACUCCUCUGAGCUUAUCAUUUGCCUCUUCCAGACUUUCACCUAUGAAGUAAGUAUGUGCCUGGGACCAGAGCCUCCUUUGGACUGCAAAUUGGGGAUAGUUGUAUCUCCUUUGCAGAGAUCUGGUGAGAUUAGAAGACUUGGAUCUGUUCAUCCCGGCAAGGUCUAACCUGGUAGGAACUCCAGCCUCUCGUGGCAUCCCACUGCAGACAGGUUCCAAAUUUGAGCCAUACUUAGAUCCAGCUAACCUCUGGGUGCUCACUUCAUGCCGUGCAGGGUCCUCAUGUGCAUGUCUCAUUUUGUCCUCACAACCCCGUGAUAGAGGUGCCGUCUGGCUCAUUUUCCAGAAUGAGGAAACAGGACUGAGGAGGCCGAGUGAUGUACCUACACGGCUCUGCGCUGUUCAUCACCCAGCAGCCCGAGGUGGUUUUAGCUGGCAUUCCAAUCCCCAAGUCUGACUCCUGGGCUACAUUCUUUUAGACCACCUUGACCUCUGAGCCUCCAGCUCCAGGCAGGCCAGGCACACACCUGUCUUUACCAAAGGAGAGAGGCUGGUCCUGCCUCAUGCUCUUCUCCAUCCAAAGUGCUCAGCACUACCUCACCUCCCCAGGAUAAACCUCUUUUGUACCAUUUAUGCCCCAUAAUACUCCACAUAAGGCAUAGAAUAUACUCUUAAAUUUAAACAAGCCAUACAAGAAAGCAGCUGUCAUGCUAAAGAAUGUCUGAUUUAAUUGUCAGUUUGUAGCAGCAGCUGAGGCAGAUUGCACAAGAACUGCCACCUGGCACCCAGAGCCAUCAGAGGACCCAGGAGCUGAGUAGCGUGUAGUGAACGUGGGUUUCCCAUAUAUGUGAGCAUUUGGUUUUACAUACAUUUUUCUCCUCCAUUUUAUGGAUAAUUCAUUCUUGCCACAGUCAGUCUGCCUCCCGUCCUGUUAAUACAUUGCUUGUUCACUUACAGGAUAAACCUACACACAGCAGGCUCUUCUGCACCUCACGUUCUGUUUAGGCUGAUAGUAGGCCCACCCAGAACGUUGGGAGCAGAGAAUCCAUAGCGUGGCCAUUGAACAUCUUCACCAGAAGAUCUUCCAGUUUCCCAGACCAUAGGUUAGUUUUUGACAACUCCUUACCAGCAUAAUGCCCUGGGUUUUGACACUGGAAGAGAAAACGUUAAUGAGAUGACUUUAAAAUUCAAAUCUCAAGAGAAAAGUUCUAAAUUCUCUAGGCAACCAUAGGA